GCCGAGCGCAGCGGGCAGCGGGACCGCCCCAGCCCGGCCGACCAUGAACUCGGGACGCGAGCCCCGAACACCCCGGACACUCUUAAGCAUCGCAGACAUCCUAGCCCCGGGCAUGGUCCCCCGAGCACCCUCUGCGCCGCAGCUUCCAGAGUCGGGUCCGGGUCCAACGUCGCCGCUGUGCGCGCUGGAGGAGCUGACUAGUAAAACUUUCCGCGGACUUGACGCGCGCGCUCCGCAGCCCUCUGAAGGGCGGGCAGCCGCGAACGCGCUGGGCCCUGGCCCUGCCGGCCGCAAACGGCGCAAGUCACGCACGGCGUUCACCGCGCAACAGGUGCUGGAGCUGGAGCGGCGCUUUGUCUUCCAGAAGUACCUGGCGCCGUCCGAGCGAGACGGGCUAGCUACGCGACUAGGCCUGGCCAACGCGCAAGUGGUCACUUGGUUCCAGAACCGACGAGCCAAGCUUAAGCGCGACGUGGAGGAGAUGCGCGCCGACGUCGCCUCGCUACGUGCGCUGUCCCCCGAAGUCCUGUGCAGUUUAGCACUGCCCGACGGCGCUCCAGAUCCCAGCCUCCGCCUCGGACCCGCCGGCCCUGACUCCCGGCCCCACCAGUCAGACGAGGAGAUACAGGUGGACGAUUGAAGACAAAGCCGCCGCCAACCCUGAGCUCUGGGGUCCGGGACUCUUCACCUAGUGCUCUGCCUCCUGCCCGAGUUCCAGGGUGGAGGAAGGAGGUCCACUUGGGCCUCUUCCGGCCCACAGUCCAGACGCUCACCUUUCCCGGUUUUUUUUUUUUUGGUAAGUUUGUUUUGUUGUUUGAGACAGGGCCUCGCUCUGUCGCCCAGGCUGGAGUGCCGUGGAGCGAUCACCACUCACUGCAGCCUCGACCUCCUUGGCUCAAGCAAUCCUCCUGCUUCAAUCUCCUGACUAGCUGGGAUUACAGACGUGCAACCCCACCUCAGGCUAAUUUUAAAAACUUUUUUUUAGAGAGGAGGUCCCGCUAUGUUGUCCAGGCUACCUUUCCCAAUAUUUUAGAAUAAAGUCGAGACUCUGCCGCA